AAGAGGAAGGAGGGACAUCGAGCCAGUGUCCUGCACAAGGAGGUGUCCAGAUGGAGAGCCGGUUUCCGUGGUGCUGGGCCCUGGAGGGGUGCCUGCGCCCUCCUGGCUGGCUCCCGGUCUGCUGGCUCUUUCAUUUGCUGCUGGUGCCCUGGACUCUGCAGCUGGCAGGAGGGCUGUCCGUGACCCACACUGGUCUUCCCAUCGUGGUCUCCCUGGCCAACAUACCUGCUUCCUUUAGCUGCAGAGUUAACUACCAGGAUAUCUCAGAACACAAAGGCUUAACUGUCACUUAUUUUUACGUGGAUCUCCACGGCACUCAUUUCUAUGAGAACAGCUCAGCGAAGCUGAUUACCUGCCAGCCUGGCGCAGAGAACCAGACCUUGGAUUGCCUGGUUAGACCCAGGUUGCCAGAUGCAUCGGCCACGGGCACGUACUACUGCUCUGUCCAUUGGCGGGGCUCCACAGUGCAGGGCAAUGGCACCUUCAUCCUGGUCAGAGACACAGGGUAUCAGCCACCCCCACUUAACCCCCAGAAGGCCCUCCUCCUUGGCUUUACCGGCCUGCUGAGUGUCCUGAGUGUGCUGGGUACAGCACUGCUGCUCUGGAAGAAGAAACAGAUGUCGGUUCCAGGGAAGCAACCCACUGGGACAUGCCCAGAUCCUAAACCCACCAACAGACCCAUGAAGCCUCCGGAAGAAUCCAUCUACACGGGAUUCUGCCCUCCCCAGUGGAUUCUGUCCUCCCCGGGCCUCCCACAGCAGGAUAAGGCCCUGCAGCACCGAGAGACAGAGGUCUAUGCCUGCAUUGAGAGUGAGGCUGGCAGCCCAGCCUCAAGCCAGGACCCUCCCUCCAAGGAGAAACUUCCACACAAACCCAGGUUUGAGGAUGACAGCGAAUUUAACCUGGUCUAUGAAAAUCUCUAGGAUGAAUUCUAGGACGAAGGCCCUGAGUCUUGUCCUGGAUCAGAGACCCAGCACCACCUGUCUUGCCAAGGACCUGAUUCGGACCAAGACAAGGGUCCUCAGGACAUGCUGUCACUUCACCCUCACAUUCAAGGCCUUCCCUGCCCUGGCCUGGCCGGCUCUUACAUGCUGCACCCCAGCCUGAGUAUUUCAUGUCUCUGGACUUCUGCUCCAGCUCUUCCCUCUGCCAUUCCUUCCCUGGCCCUGUGGGCGAAGUGCUCCAGGACAUGCUUGGAUGCCACCCUUUGCCCUCUUCAGUCCUUGUCUGCUCCCCUGCAGAGCCUUGUGUGUGGCUCCCUUAACACAAGCUACAUCUUGGUCCACAGGGAGACUGAGUCCCCAAGAAGAUGGCAGGACCACUACCAGUGCUGUGCCCAGCCAGUGAGCCACUCUACCUUCUCAGCUAGUUCAAAGGCACAGGGUGGCCACAUGCUGGCUGGGAGGGGAGAAGAACAUGGCCCAGGAGGAAUGAGGGAUGGGCACGAAUGAAGAACUGCACAGAAGCCAGAGAGCCAGACAUGGAGGCUAAAGAUGUAGCAAGUGUUGGUGGUCAGACCAGGACCUGGAGCAGGGAGGGUCCGUACCUGCUGGUGAAAAGGGGGAGACUCUAGCUUGUUUGGGGGUAGAGGUGGACACUGCCUGUCAUCCUCAGCUUCCAGGCCUCAGUUGCUUAUCCUUUCACCCCAAGACCCAGUCCCCCAAAGUCUCCUCCGUUUGGCCUGUCCUGGCCUCCUCCUCUGUGGCUUCAUCUGGUCCCCCUGUCUCUGUUUGCCUUUGACCCACCCUGUGGAUGGAGGCUAGCUGGGCCCACACCCAUCUUAACGUUCUCCAUGCCAUGUCUUUCCCGAGGUAGUUCAGCUGUGUGGGCUUGUGACUGGGCCUCCCUGGGUAGGUAGAUGGGUCUCUGUGCUGCAGAAGCUAAGGCCAGGGUGGGCAGUGGCUCACUCAAGGGACCCCUCAUUCCACCCUCCAGACAGCCCUACAAUGGAGAAACCAUCUCCUUGGAAGACAGGUUUCAUCAAGGUUACAUCGCUCUCUGCUCCAGCCCUCCCUCCUUCCCGUUUGCUGCUCCCUUGGCUUCCCCACUGUCUGUUCAUCUGUGUGAUACACAGGGCAAUCCACCUACCCCACUUCCUAGGCUGCUUCAGGAGUUCCAGGGACUUUCUCAUACCCAAAGCGCAAUGGGCCCAGGGGAGGUGGAGGACCCAAUGUGCAGACCCCAGCCUGGCCCUGGGCAGCACUGGACCCUCACCCCUCAGGCAGCAGCCCCUUUUGUUUGGCAGGUGAGACUCACAGAAAAGCUGAGGAGGAAGGUAGGCAGACACUGACCUCCAGGAGCCCCUGUGUCCUGGAAUAGUGGGCCCAGUGGACAGACAGCGGCCUCCACACUUGGCUCUGGGCCUUAUUUUGUGAACACCCAACAAGCAGGGUUCCUAGUGGGCCAGAGCUCCCGCUGGUUUAAUGAACUCCAGGCCUGUUGAGGAAGGAAGCUGCCUGGUACAGAGCUGCUUCCAGGCUCCUAACUCCAGCAGCCUGAGGGGCAGGUCUGGAGCCUGCUGAUGCCUCCCCCUCAGCCUGAGCCCUCUGUUCAUAGUCUCUGAACUCACUGACUGGACUCAGUAUUUCUAGCCCUUUCCAGGGGAAUGAAGGGUACCUAGUGGAAUUUCACCUGUGCCCUGGCUCAAGACCUAGCACAUCUGCUUCCCAGCAACCACCUGCCUAUACUACCUGUCCUUACAAAGCAGCUGUGGGUCCUGCUAAAACCUACUUUGUCUUGUCCCUCUUUCACACAAAACCAUGAUUUCUGUUUACUUGGAAUAAAAUCCCAGAA